AUGCUGAUGUCAUCUAAUACAGGAGCCCGGCUAGCUGGUAUUAUUUUCUGCCUAUUGAGCUCAGUCGAUGGUCGGCAUGGGUCCCAGAGACACCGUCUUGCUCGGAAGUCAGCUUCUAGCUCGUCCACCAAUGGAACCGUUGUCUUCGGCUCAAACGAGACUGCAGCCCUCACAUCCGAUGGGACAACUGCUUCUAUCGUGGUCAUCGACUAUGGCCACAACGUUGAAGGCUUCCCUACAUUCGAGGUCAUCUCUACCUCUGGUGAUACCUCGAGCUUCGAGAUUUCCUUUGCAGAAAGCCAACCCGCGCUUGACUCAUACAUGAGCGAUGGUCCUCUACCUCUUGCGGCGGCAAUGGAUACCUACAGAGUGAACCAAUACAACAUCACCGCCCCCUCGAUCAUCACAAACCGUCUCAUCCAAGGCGCCUUGCGCUACCAGAAACUCAACCUGUCGUCCGCCGGCUCCCUUCAACUCCGCAACAUCGGCGUCAAGCCCACGACAUCCACCACACCCGUGACGAAGCUCCCUGGAUCCUUCGAAUGCUCCGAUGAAGAUCUCACACGCAUCUGGACAACUGGCGCGCGAACAGUCCAACUCACCGAGAUCCCCAAGCACUCCAUCCCCGGCUUUUUACAAAUCUCAGACGAAGGCGCCUACGCCGAAAGCCAGGCACCGCAAGGUCUAGCCGGUGCCGUGGCCGCUCAACUCCUCAACUACCGUCUCGAUAUUCAAGCCAAACCCGUCAAAGGCGGCUUCGGGGUCUCUGUCCUAUGUGACACGCUCAACAACUGCAUCUACCUCUCCUUCAACUUAGACAGCCACACCAUCACAGCCCACGCCGGCUCAACAAGCCUAGACACCCUCGUCGCAGCGUCCCCGUUACCCGUCAACACCACCCUUGGCAUCUGGCACGCAGUCCACAUCGACGUAGCAAUGACCUCCAUCAUCGUAACUCUCGACAAUCUCCCCGUCCUCAAUCUUACCCAAACCUCCCGCUACUUCGGCUCCUUUGGGUUCGGAGCCUCCUUCGGACACGCAGCCUACUUCCGCAACCUUACCGCCAGCACACCCACCGGCGAGACCAUCUACACGAACCCGCUCACAUCCCCUUCCUUCCUCCCAGACUUCAUGAUGGGCGCAAACCCGGCCGACACAAUCGUAGACGGCUCCCGCCGCGACAGAAUCGCCUACACGGGCGACCUCGACGUCGCCCUCGGCGCCGCCUUCGCAAGCACCUUUGGCACGUCCUUCAUCGACGGCUCUCUAGACCUCCUGGGUUCCUACCAAGCUACACCAGGCUUCUUCAUCCCCACCGCCAAGAUCCAGCAAGCACCCCUGGGAGAACCCCUGAAUACAAACCUCACAGGACUCAUCGGCUACUCCUUCAACUUCCUCAGCGCCCUCGCCCAGAACUACGAGAUGAGAGGAAACCUCACUUUCGCAAAGCAGUGGGCUCCAAAGGUCUCCAGAAUGCUCGACUGGGCCGACUCCCAGACCCUCUCCAACGGCCUCUUCAACCUCGCAGACGAGUCCUUUGGCGGCGACUGGAACUACUACGACACACCGCAAUCCGGUGUAGUCACAAAGUUCAACGCAGUCUACGCCUACGCUCUCCAACAAUCCCUCCCCCUCCUACGAGACGCAGGUCUCAACACCACAGUCUACCAAACCCGCCUCGAUAGCCUCCAGUCAGCAAUCAACACGAACCUCUGGAGCCCAGACCUAAACGCCUACGCCCUCUCCUCAACCUUGACAACCAGCUUCGCACAGGACGCAAACGCCCUCGCCAUCCUAGCCGGUGUUCCCUCCUCGCCCAACACCACCGCCUCAAUCCUCUCAACCCUCGCAAGAGACCUCAUCCUCCCGGCCGGCCCCCUAGCCUUCUCAAAUUCCACCACAUCCGCCGGCUUCGCGCAGAAAAUCAGCCCUUACGCAUCAUCAUACCACCUCCGCGCUGCAUUCUCCGCCCGUGACGCAUCCACAGCAAUGACCCUCCUCAAGACCCUCUGGGCACCCAUGGCCGACCCCCAACACGAGAAUUACACAGGCUGCUUCUGGGAGACGCUGAACCCAGACGGCACACCCGGUCUAGGCGUCGUGACCUCCCUCUGUCACGGCUGGGCUGCAGGCCCAACGGCGGAAUUAAGUCGGUACGUUUUGGGCAUCCAGCCUACUGCGCCCGGGUUCGCGGAGUGGAAGGUUGAGCCGCAGACGUUGGGGUUGGAGUGGGCUAAGGGACGGUAUCCGACUGUGCGUGGAGAUAUUGUUGUUGACUGGAGAUUCGAGGGAGGGAUGCUGAGGAUGGGGGCUGAAAGUCCUACUGGGAGCAAGGGGACGAUAUACCUGCCGGAGCCGUUGGUGACGAGCCUUGAGGAGUCUGUCAUUCGGGUGAAUGGAGUUGUCAAGAAUGGGACUCAGUUUGAGGUUAAUGGAGGGGAUGCAUUUGUGCUUACGCAGGAACCUUUGGGCGCAGGAUUGCUGGCUUGA